CCCUCUUCCCCAGCAAGUGCAGUGUCAGUAGGUCACUGUCACUUGAUACAUUGCACACAAAACCGCAGUGUUCGCAGAAUCAGCACCCGUACUCCCCCCCCCCCCCCAUUCACUGCCCAACCCGGAAUUCAGGUGGAAACAGCAAAUUUAACUACUCCCGUUGAUUUUUUGGAGCUGUUUUUCAUGGAAGAUCUGUAUGCAUUGAUUGUGGAUCAAAGCAAUUUAUAUGCACAACAAUUUAUCGCCGCCAACACAAAAUUCAAACCUUGCCAGACCAUUCGCAUGGAAACCUAUUACAGUUUGCAAAUUAAAAAUUUUUUUGGGCUAACCCUCAACAUCAGCAAUACUAAAACAAAUUAAUUGCGGUUGUAUUGGUCCACAGACCCAAUUCAUCAUAUGCUGUGUUCUCUGCUGCCAUGGCCAGGCAUAGAUAUGAGAGUAUAA